AUGGCUGCAUCUCAAGAAUUUUACAAAUCAAAACGCGCGACCAUCAAGGGAAAACUCACAAGAAUAGCGAACUUCCUUAAGAGUUUUGAUGAGAAAACUAACACUUUUGCUGAAAUCAAAGCGCGUCAAACGGAAUUGGUGAAAAUAUUCACUAGUUUUGAUGAAGUUCAAUCUGCGAUCGAGGAAUUCGAUUAUGAGUUACCCGAGAAAAGGGAAGCCCACGAAAAGGAUAGGGAAGAAUUUGAGGCAAAAUACUUCUCUACAACAUCACAAAUGGAAGCCCUUUUAACCAAGGACUCGAUAAGAACGUCAGAUAAUGAAAAGCCGCGUGUAAAAUUACCACAGUUGGAGAUCCCAAGGUUUGGGGGUGAUAUACAGCAAUGGCCGGCCUUCAAAGCAUUCUUCAUGUCGACAGUCGACGAGGGCAACUUACCAGUAAUAACGAAGCUACAGUACCUAAAGUCUUCACUGGUAUGUGAAGCUGCUGGUCUAGUCUCUUCGCUUCAUAUAACAGAAGAAAACUACUGUAAGGCUUUGGAAAUCUUAUCCCAUAGACUUAAUUACACGUGGAGUCAUGCCCAGUGCACUACCAUCAUGCUCACAGUGGUGGCAAGGUCCCUUGUGGCUAAUCCAGGAUCCCAGCCUAUGGCCAACCAC